GGCGCUAUCGCAGUUUCCACGAAGCUUCGUCCUCCUCAAAUUUCCCCCCUCUUCUGGUCUUCCUUGCCGACUCGCCGGCAUCUUAACGCCAGUCGUCGUCUCUCUCAAGAAGAAAACAAGUCUUGCUUCAACUCCCUCUCUCUCUCUCUCUCUAUCUCUGCAUAUACAUAUUUAUGCACAGAUAUUGAGCAUUGGAUACAGUGUAUGUGCGUGAAUGCAUAUAGAUAAGAUACGUAUAUUUAGUUAUUUAUUCGUGAUUUUUGGCGUUGACUUCGUUGAUACUCGGCUCCGGGAGUUGAAAUCAGUUGAAAAGAGGAAUCGGUUGCGGCUAGGGAAUUUGUUCUUUAGCUAGAAGUUCUGUGCUUUACGGGCAUUGGAUGGUUUGUUGAUGCGGGAAGUCUAAAGAUCAAAGAUGGGAUCUGGAGAAGAAAGUUUUGAUCUUGAAUCUGAUGAGGUCCCCCUUAGUUCAUCUCAUGGAGCAAGUAAAAUGGAGACUUUGCAUUAUGAAGCACCUCAUAAUCAUAUUGCAUCACCUAGAGCUUUUGUCUCUACAAGAUUAUUGAGAAAGAUGCGUCAGAUCAGUGUUCUCAGAAGUAUUUACAUUGUUUUAAUCAAAGCAAAGAUCAAUGUGUUGCUUCCUUUUGGCCCCCUAGCAAUAUUGCUGCACCAUGUUACUGGGAAACAUGCAUGGGUCUUUUUCUUCAGCUUAUUGGGAAUUAUACCACUAGCUGAGCGCCUAGGAUAUGCUACUGAGCAGCUGUCAUUUUAUACAGGGCCAACAGUUGGUGGCCUUCUAAAUGCUACUUUUGGCAAUGCAACUGAAAUGAUAAUUUCAAUAUAUGCAUUGAAGAAUGACAUGAUAAGGGUUGUUAAACAAUCAUUGCUGGGUUCCAUUUUAUCGAAUAUGCUACUAGUUCUUGGAUGUGCCUUCUUCAGUGGUGGGAUUAUUCACCACAAAAAAGUCCAGGUUUUCAACAAGGCGACUGCUAUUGUCAACUCAGGGUUAUUGUUGAUGGCAGUGAUGGGCUUAUUGUUUCCUGCAGUGCUUCACUUCACUCGUACAGAGGUCCACUUUGGAAAGUCAGAGCUAGCUCUUUCCAGAUUUAGCAGUUGCAUAAUGCUAGUGGCAUAUGCUAGCUAUCUAUUCUUUCAGCUCAAGAGUGAGAGAAGUUCAUACACUUCAAUUGAUGAGGAAGGAGAAAAUAAUGCAGAAGAUCCUGACGAAGAAGAAGCCCCUGAGAUCACACACUGGGAAGCUAUUGGUUGGCUUGCUAUUUUGACUAUAUGGAUUUCUGUAUUAUCUGGUUAUCUUGUUGAUGCCAUUGAGGGAGCUUCUGACACGCUGAAUAUGCCUGUGGCUUUUAUAAGUGUCAUCUUGCUUCCAAUUGUGGGUAAUGCUGCAGAGCAUGCAAGUGCAAUCAUGUUUGCGAUGAAAGACAAGCUUGAUAUCUCGCUUGGAGUUGCAAUUGGGUCGUCCACUCAGAUAUCAAUGUUUGUGAUUCCAUUUUGUGUAGUUGUUGGAUGGUUCAUGGGAAAGGAUAUGGAUUUGAACUUCCAACUUUUUGAGACUGCGACACUUUUUAUCACAGUUCUAGUGGUGGCAUUUAUGCUGCAGGAAGGGACAUCAAACUACUUUAAAGGGCUCAUGCUUAUACUAUGCUAUCUCAUUGUUGCUGCAAGCUUCUUUGUACAUAAUGAUCAAUCAAAUGAUAAACUCUAAGGAUACUUCGCUGUACUGUCAAAGUGUCAAUAGUCCGUUUGAGAAGUGAAUGCUUCGUUACUGUGCAGAAAUGGGUAAUAGCGUAUAGGUGAUCCUUGAAGCUGUAAAGCUCUGGACAUAAAUGCUAUGGACUCUACACGUAUUUUUUCACGUUGUAUCCUUUUUGUUUAGACAAUUUAGCAGUUCAUAUUCCUCCCGUCAAUGUGACAAAGCUCGACUUGUGGUCUUCCAAGGACAAAAGUAGGAAGCGAUAUACAAAGGACAUUGGCGUGGCGUGGCAAGUGGGCUGUGCUAUUGCAAGAAGUGCCGACUUUUUCCUCUGCCAGACCUUGGAACUGUAACUUUUUUCCCCAUUAUUUCAUACUAAGAGGUUGCAUAAUCCUUGCACAUUGUUCAUAUCGUCUGCUGUUCACUCUUAUGUGGUUUUGUAUACGAAUAUUCUUUCUAAAGGCUACACGAACGAAGAUUCUUUAUAUAUGAAUCUGCAAACAAGCUAAGGUUUCCAUUGUUUCAUGAUAAA